UUGAGAAGAAACAGGUGACUUUUGCAUUACUUGAUUCUGCAACCGGCGUUUUUCUCGGUCGGUGAGUCGGCGAGCCCCGAAUUUUAUAGGUUAUCUUGUUGUCAAACAAACAGCCCGUCGACGGAAAUCCACUCGCCGUUAGUUGUGUGUUAUGAAAAAAAAUGUGCUUUGGUCCUUUCAAGAGGAUUUGUCACUGGGGACCCUUGACAGCCCUUGGUAUCAUAAAAAUUAUUACGCUGAUGACGAUACAUUGCAGCAGACAGUGGUGGCCCCCCGAAGAGAGCAUUUCUGGCGCCGUUUAUUUCCUCUGCUUUUUUAGUCUCAGCGGCUCUACGCUUUAUCAUUUCAUUAGUUCAAUUUACGAGGGACCAGGAUACCUGCCGUUGAAAUGGACGCCGGCGCAGAUAUCCGACGCUCAGUACUUGCAGUUCUGUUCGACGUGUCUUGGGUACAAAGCGCCUAGAUCGCAUCAUUGUAGGAAAUGUAAUCGCUGCGUUCUAAAAAUGGACCAUCAUUGUCCGUGGAUAAACAACUGUGUGGGACACCACAACCACGGCCAUUUUACGGCAUUUUUAGCGAGUGCGGUUGGCGGCUGCUGCAUGGCAACGUUCACUCUCGUUUCUUGGCUCAUGAGCGUUUUAGCCCUCAAAAUUCACCUGUUCCCACCCCCUUCUGUAAUUAUAUUGAUUCUAGCAGUCUUCAGUAGCGGUCUGUCCAUUGGAGUUGUUCUGGCUGUUGGAAUGUUACUCUAUUUCCAGCUGAAAGCGAUAUUCAGAAAUCGCACCGGUAUAGAAGACUGGAUAAAUGAAAAAGCAGAAUACCGGAGAUACGGAACAAACGAAAAAUUUAUACACCCCUACUCCAGGGGCUGGCUUAAAGACACGAGAGACGUACUUACGUGGAACUGCAUUCCAAAAGGUGACGGCAUUACUUGGCCAGUCAUCGACGGAUGCGAUCAGUACACUUUGACCCGUGAGCAGCUAGCGCAAAAGCAGGAUAAACGCAAACGAGCUCUAAGGUACAGAAUAGUCUCCGCGGCAUCUGGUUCCUGGGUGCCGAUCACUUACGGAUGUGCAGUUUUGUGUCAUCCGCCUUGUACAGACGAAACGCGUAUCAAGCUCAGUGUAAACGACACUGUUAUAGUGACGAGAUGGCGAAGGUACUGGCUCUUCGGGGAAAAAGAAAACAACGGCAUAGGAGGAGCCUACAAAAAACCGGACCGCGUUCGUGGCUGGUUUCCAAGAGCGUGCGGCGUUGAAAUAGUAGGAAGUCAAUAUGUACAGUCGUUUAAACGCGAUUAGGAUACAAUAAUGGCCUAGUUAAUGCCUUAGUAGAAAAACAGUCAAAGAGAAAAAAAAAAAAACUUGACAGAGUGCGCGUUAAUAGUAUGUCUGACAUUACUUUAGCCAAGGCGC